AUGCAGAACUGUUACGAAGUUUUGGAAUGUCCCAACUUUUCCCCGCAUGCUGUUGUAAAGAUGAACUACCAGCGUUUGUUGUUACAACAUCACCCCGAUAAACAACUUACCCCCCAACCCUGCGACGAGGGGUUUAUUAAAAUCAACCACGCGUGGAAGAUCCUAAACGAUGACAAGGCAAAAAAGAAUCAUGACUCUGCGCUAAACCAACAAUUAAGGGAAUAUGAUGUCACAAUCAAUGAAAUUGUUAAUAUUUCCGAGUUUGAUUAUGAUGAAACAAUAGACAACGAUGAUGUCAUAAUGUUCGAUUAUGUUUGUCGUUGCGGAGGAUCUUACGAAUUAUUUUCAAAUAUUUCUUCCGUUAAAAACAUUCUGCCCACAAUAGUUGGCUGCAGUAUUUGUUCAUUGUAUAUUGAGGUGGUUUCGUAG